AUGUUUAUUGUAUUAUUUGGUAUUUUUACAAAAUUUCCUCUAAGUAAUACAAAAAAUAAAGCUACAGAAAAUUAUUUAUAUUUUACUGAUAUUAAUGCUAUGAUUUUUAUUGGUUUUGGUUUUUUAAUGACAUUUUUAAGAAGAUAUGGAUUUUCUGCCGUUGGUUUAAAUAUGCUUCUUGCAUGUACAACCAUUGAAUGGUCAAUUAUAAUUAGAGGUUUACUUAGUGAAGAAUUUCAUGAAAAUGGAUUUUUUACAUUAACUAUAAAUAGUAUAAUUUAUGGUGAUAUUUCUGCUGCUGUUAUACUUAUUUCAAUGGGUGCUGUUUUAGGAAAAUUAUCCCCAAUACAAUAUUUAAUAAUGGCAUUUUUUGAAGUACCUGCUGCUUUGAUAACAGAACAUAUUAUUAUUGAAGUUUUACAUGUUACUGAUUGUGGUGGAUCAAUUGUUGUACAUGUCUUUGGAGCAUACUUUGGUUUGGCGAUUGCAAAAGUACUUAAUCGUGAUGGAAUUCAAAAAUCUAAUCAUGAAGGUUCCAUUUACCAUAGUGAUAUCUUUGCUAUGAUUGGAACAUUAGUACUUUGGAUAUUUUGGGGAAGUUUUAAUGCUGCAUUGGCUGAUGGUGAGGAAGCAAAAAGGAGAUGUCUUAUUAAUACACUUUUGUCACUCUCUGCUGCUACAAUAGCAACAUUUGUUACAUCACAAUAUGUUAAUAAACAUAGAAAAUUUGAUAUGGUACAUAUGGCAAAUUCAACAUUAGCGGGUGGUGUUGCAAUUGGAACAGCAUCUAAUUUAGUUUUAAAUCCAUUUAUAUCAAUGAUUAUUGGAACGAUUUCUGGAAUUAUAAGUGUUUUAGGUUAUGAAUAUAUAACACCAACUUUAAGUAAAAAGUUUGGAAUGCAUGAUACAUGUGGUGUUGGAAAUUUACAUGGAAUUCCUGGUAUUAUUGCUGGUAUUUCUUCAAUAGUUAUAGCAUUUAUUUAUACUAAAGAAGAUUAUGGAGAUGAAUUUUCAUCAAUUUAUCUUUCUGAUAAAUUUGGAAGAACACUACCAACACAAGCUUUAUAUCAAUUAUUUGGUCUAUUAAUAGCAAUAUUUUCAUCAUUCAUAACAGGAGCAAUAACAGCACUCAUUCUUAGACUUAAAAUUUUUGAUCAAGUACCAGAUGAAGAUUUGUUUUCUGAUGAGAAAUAUUACCAUACACCUUGUGAUUUUGAUUUUACAACUAGAAUAAUUGGACACAUUGAUAAUGUAGAAAUUACAGAGAAAAAAGUUUAA